UCACAAUAAGCUAUUACUGAUUUUAAUCAAUAAGUCGGAGGAAAUCUUAAUUACCGAAUAUAAUGUCGCUCUUUCAUUCGAUGAUGAGAGAUUUUGACAAUGAUCCUUUUUUCAGAGGUCCAAUGGAGAGCAUGAGACAGAUGGAAUCGAUGAUGGAUGCCAUGAUGUCUCCUUUUGGAGGAAUGUUUGGUGAAAUUCCACAGCUAGAUUAUGGAAAUGGUGUGUCAAGACAAAAUAGAAAUAGUUUAAUGCCAUUUGGAUUUGGUCAUAGUCUAUUUCCAUCCAUGAAUAGCAUGUUUAGUAAUUUUGAUCGUUUAUCUCAAGAUCCAAAUUGUCAUAGUUAUUCUUCCUCUUCUGUAAUGACGUUCACAACAGAUGAACAUGGUAGGCCCCAAGUAUAUCAGGCUUCUUCAUCAAAAAGAACAGGACCUGGUGGAGUAAGUGAAACUCGUAGAAGUGUACAGGAUACCAGAACAGGUGUUCAGAAGAUGGCCAUAGGCCAUCAUCUUCAGGAUCGGGGACAUGUCAUAGAGAAAUCCCGAAAUAGAUAUACGGGUGAAGAAGAUGAAUGCCAAGAAUAUAUUAACAUUGAAGAAGAAGAAGCUGAAUCUUUUAAUCGAGAAUGGGAAGAUAGAGCUCAAGUUUAUCGAUCCAGACAUGCAGCAAUCAAUGGUUCUUCACAGUGGAGAGAGAGAAGUCCAGGUUUGAGACGAGAACCCUUGGCCAUCACUGCAGGACCUGCAAAUGUUGUAGAAUCUCCAGAGCCGAGUCCAGAGAGCCCAAAAAUGAAAAUUCCAAGCUCUGAAUCGAAGUCAAAGCGAAAACAUGGUUCGAGCAGCAAAUCACGAAGCGGACACAGAUCCCACUCUAAACCACGACAUGAAACUAGCAUGUAAUAUAUAUAUAAAAGAACUUUUUCCGGCGACUCGUUAACAGACAUUUAUCUGACUGUACAUUGCAGAAAGAGGAGCAAAACGAUUUUGUCUGGAAAAAAAUCUGUUCCAAUUUAGUCGUUUACAUACUUUAUCCGUAGUCUUAAAUAUAUGGACAGUUGGAGAUGUGUUGUAAAUUCAUUUCGGCACACGUUCACGUAAUUUCACUAUGCACAUUGUAAUUGUCCCAACUCGCUCGAGUUAUGUUUGAAAUUUACAGAGUAUCGAUGGAUAGUAUUCUAGAUAAAAGUAACUAUAAUUUGCAAUAGCCAAUUUGUGGAAAAAAGAAAAAAAAACUUAUUUUAAAAAUAUAUUUUCAUUGUAUCUUUAUCUAUCUCUCUUGCAAAGGAAUUGCAAAUGUGUACAGUUGGCAGUUUUUAAAGUAAACUAAUCUAUUUGUAAGUAGUUAUAGGAGUGUUACUGAAUGUAAUAAAUUUUAGUUAAGAAUUUUUCAAAAAUAAAUUUAAUUUCAAAAA